CGUUAUUAUCCAUUUCACCAUUACAACUGAAAGUCACUGUUAAAAAUGAUGCCCGCAGGUGUCGGUGUCGGCCAUGCCAGCCAGUUCAAGGCCGUGCGGAUCAGUCGCCCUCAGGACUCCGACCCCCGCCCGCGCCUUUCCCCGCAGACACUCUCUUUCCCAGCAGGCUCUGCGGCGGAGACUCCCGUAGCGCUAAAUGCCACAAGUCGCCUGACUCAGCACAAGAGAAACCCGAUGGCCCGUUUAUCCCACACUAGGGGGCGCCUUGUUCUCGGGCCUGCCACUGAGCAUUUAUAGCGCCUAAAGCCAUCCCAGCUCGCCGCCUCCAGAAAACGUCGACCCAUCUCUCUCUGCCUUCCCCCUGAUUGCCAACAAGGCAGGCUCUGAUGCUCAUGCGCAAACACGUUCACCACGCACCGAGCGGCGGCGCAUGCGUCCCUGAAAUUGCCUCCUCCCUGUCUUCCCUCUAGAGUUUUCAGUUCCGGCUUCCAAGGGGCAGGUAGAAGCUAGGGACAUGCGGCUGACGGUUGCCGCCGCUAUCUCCCAUGGCCGCGUAUUUCGCCGUCUGGGCCUUGGUCCCGAAUCCCGCAUCCACAUGUUGCGGAACUUGCUCACGGGAUUGGUGCGGCAUGAGCGCAUCGAGGCGUCAUGGGCGCGCGUGGACGAAAUGAGGGGCUACGCGGAGAAGCUCAUCGACUAUGGGAAACUGGGAGACACCAAUGAACGAGCCAUGCGCAUGGCUGACUUCUGGCUCACGGAGAAGGACUUGAUCCCAAAGCUGUUUCAAGUACUGGCUCCUCGGUACCAAGGUCAAAAUGGGGGCUACACAAGAAUGCUGCAGAUCCCAAAUCGGAAGGAGCAGGAUCGAGCCAAGAUGGCAGUGAUUGAGUACAAAGGGAACUGCCUCCCACCCCUUCCUCUUCCUCGCAGAGACAGCAACCUUACACUCCUAAAUCAACUGCUGCAGGGACUGCGGCAGGACCUCAGCCAGAACCAGGAAGCAUGCAUCCACAGAUCCAACACUGUCCAAACACCAGAGAUUUAACUGGAUCUGAAGGCUCUGCAGCCGUUAUCAGUGCCCAAGAUCACAGACCUUUGGAGCUCUUUUAAUCUCUAAAGAACUGGAGCUAGAUUUGUAAAAUGGACACUCUUAAUAGGGCUGAGAACCUUCUGAAGAGCAUGAUAACCCUCUCUUUGCACAAUAGAGGAAAUCUCUUAUAUGAGUA